AUGAACCAACCAAAAUCAAGUAGCAACAAUCGAUUCUCAAUUGUUACGCAAGGAUCUUUAUUUUCUGUACCUCCUCCCGUUCUCUCACCUCAACGAAAAGGUACGAAAGAGAAAGGGAAGAAAAAGCCAAACCCUUACUUCCUUUUUUGUCAAGAGAGACGCACAGAGUUACACGCACAGAAUCCCCAGACAACAAGUCGUGAAAUUACCAAGCAACUCGCUGAAGAGUGGAAGAGUUUAAGUGAUCAACAAAAACAAAAAUACAACGAAGCCUAUAGAAAUAGUUCACCAAAGAAACAAGAAACCAUGCCAAAUCUAGGAGACCAGAUAUAUUUACAAGUUGUAUCAACAGAUGGAAAAGUUCUUGCGAUUCCAGCUUAUAAGAUUGAGAAGACCACAAAAUAA